GCUGCAUGAGCACCUCCAGUGGCGCAGCAGUCGAUGGUCCAGCAGAUGCAGAGACCAGUGGCUGUUUUCUUCCCUGUUCACCGCGGCCAUGUCUCCUGUGAGCUCAGAUAACGACAAGCCUGUUGAGAAUGGCAAGGACAAGGAAUCCAUCAACAGGCUACUGAAGGGACUGGAGACAAUUUCUCCUUUGGUCCAGUCUGUGCAGGAGACCCCUGAGCCCAUCUCUACCACAGUACAAGGCAGCAUUCCCCCCUGGAUCAAUGGCAAAUUCCUCCGCAACGGGCCGGGGAAGUUUGAAUUUGGAAACACACACUACAACCACUGGUUCGACGGGAUGGCAAUGCUACACCAGUUCAAGAUCGACAAAGGCCAGGUGACGUACAUGAGUCGGUUCCUGAACAGCGAUGCCUACAAGAAGAACAGUGAGAGGGACCGCAUCGUGAUGUCAGAAUUCGGAACACUCGCCAUGCCCGACCCCUGUAAAAACUUCUUUCAACGCUUCCUGUCUCGCUUUGAGAUGAUUGAGCCGACGGAUAAUGCGAGUGUGAGCUUUGUGAAGUACAAAGGUGACUACUAUGUCAGCACAGAGACAAACUUCAUGCACAAAGUGAACCCAGAGAAUCUAGAAACGCUGGAAAAGGUGGACUGGAGCAAGUUUAUUGCUGUUAAUGGAGCCACUGCCCACCCCCACUAUGACCCUGACGGUACCAGCUACAAUAUGGGCAACUCGUAUGGAAGCAAAGGAGCCCGUUACAACAUCAUCAAAGUGCCGUCUGAGAAGGCCGAUGCCAAAGACACGCUGCAAGGCGCCAAAGUGCUCUGCUCUAUCAUGCCUUCAGACAAGUCCCAUCCCUCCUACUAUCACAGCUUUGCCAUGUCAGAGAACUGGGUGGUGUUCAUCGAGCAGCCAAUCAAGAUGGACCUGCUGAAGAUCGUGACAUGUAAGAUGAGGGGGAAGGCUCUGAGCGAAGGCAUCUACUGGGAUCCCAAUCUGGAAACUGUCUUCCAUGUUAUUGACAAGCACACAGGCAAGGUCAGCUCAAUGAAGUACCACGCCAAAGCCCUCGCCACCUUCCACCAGAUCAACGCCUUCGAGGAGGAUGGACUCUUGAUGCUUGACCUGUGCUGCGCAGACGACAGCCAAGCCAUCAACAACUACCUCAUCCAGAACCUACGCAAGUCAGGAGAUGCACUCGAUGAGGUGUACAACACCUUGUCCAAGAAUUACCCUAGGCGUUUUGUUUUGCCCCUGAAUGUGACGAGUGAAACACCAAUGGGCCAGAACCUAAACACACGGGCCUCCAGUAGCGCAACGUGUGUCAAAGUCAGCACAGAUAAGGUCUUCUGCCAGCAUGAGGAUCUCCAUGGUGAUGACCUUGAUGACUACGGAGGCCUGGAGUUCCCUCAGAUCAACUAUGGCAGAUGUAACACACGACCAUACCGAUAUUUCUACGGCUGUGGCUUCAGACACCUGGUGGGAGACUCUCUCCUCAAGAUGGACCUGAACGACAAGACGUUUAAGGUCUGGUACCAGAAGGGUCUCUACCCCUCAGAGCCGGUGUUUGUGCCGUCACCUGAAGCCGUGGAGGAGGAUGAUGGGGUCAUCCUCUCCGUGGUUCUCACCCCCUCACAAGAUAAAGGGACGUUCCUCCUGGUUUUGGAUGCCAAGACAUUUGAGGAGUUGGGAAGAGCCAAUGUGCCUGUGAACAUCCCUUAUGGCUUCCAUGGAACCUUUAAUGCAUCUGCAUAGAUCGAACUGUGUUACUCUUCCGAUACAAAGAAUACUAAAUGCAGUAUCAUACACAAGUUACUACUUUAAUGUAGGCAUCAAUCUAUAUUGAGCUUGAGGAUGGUCCGACUUUUAUAUCACACAAGUGUCUAAUGGACAUUUAUUUGUCCUCUUUUUCGUAUCAAACUAUAUUUUCUUUAAAGGCUGAUUUACUUUUAUAUCUAAUAUUUACCUUUGUGAAUUUUCCGGUGCGGUUACACAGUUGUGCAUUAAAACAAAGAAUCUCUGCCAAGGUGUUUGCUCACAAAUAUGAUCACAUGUAAAAACAGCUGGUACAACAGGAUUUUAUAAUUAAGGUGUUUUGAAUGUAAUCAACUUUUUCAGAGAAAGUUAAAAUCAUCAUAUAAUGGAUUGUGUUACUUUGGUAGAUUGGGAGUUUUCCCUCAAAAAAUGUCCCCCUGUUAUUUUUUACACUAAAGUUUGUAAUUUGUUUGAUUUAACAAAAUUUUUUGGACAUGUGAAAAAACUGCAAACAAAUUAGACAUUUACUAAAGAUGCUAAAAUAAAUAUCAAUAGUCCAACAUUAAACCACAGGUGAGAUCCACAGGUAAUUGUCAGGGUCAGUCUUCUCCCUCCAAAUCCAGAUCUUUGUAUUUUUUAAUAGACUUGCUCUAAUAUGUCAAAUGUUUUAUUUAUUUUUUUAAACCCAUAAUGACCACUACUAAAUAUUCUGUAUUUUCUAUUGCUUUUUCUAUUUUUUUAUUUCUUCCUUUUAUACAAAUGAAGUUGUCUUAUCAUCUCCUUUCCAUCCAUUUCCCUUUUUAGUAGAGAUUCUUUUAUACAACUUUGCUUCCCACAUAAUUUCAAGAAAUCAUUAAAUGUAUCUGCAAGCAA